AUGGCGCAAUACUACACCUCAACAACACUACUACCACUACUGUUCCUCCUCUUCCUCCUCUGCCCGACGGAGCCCGCCGCCGCCGCCUGCGACGGCGACGACAAGUCGUCGUCGAAAGGCGGCGGAGGAGGAGGAACGCUGAUCAAGUACAAAGUCGGCUCGAUGGCCUCGAUCCUCGCGGCGGGAGCCAUCGGGGUGAGCCUGCCGCUGUUCCUGAAGCGCUCCAAAACGACGUCGUCCGAGACCGCGGUGGCACCCGACGACGGCGGCCACGGCGGGGCGGCGGGAGGUGGCGGCGGAGGGAUGCUGAUCGUGAAGGCGUUCGCCGGCGGGGUGAUUCUGGCGACCGGGCUGGUCCACAUCAUCCCCGACGCGUUCGAGAAGCUGGGGUCGGACUGCCUGCCGGAGGUCCCCUGGGGGAAGUUUCCGUUCGCCGGGUUCGUGGCGAUGAUGUUUGCCAUCGCCACGCUGUCGAUGGAGUCGCUGGCGAUGGGGUUUUAUAAGAGGCAGCAGCAGCUUAAUCAGAAGAAAGGCGAUGAUGAUGUUGGUGAUGAGAAUAUUGAAGCGGCGGGCGGUGAUCGGAAAGAUGAUGAUGAUGAUGAUGAGAUGAUCCGGCGGCGGAUUGUGUCGCAGAUACUGGAGAUGGGAGUGGUGGUUCAUUCGACGAUUAUUGGGAUGUCGUUGGGGACCUGUAAGAGUGUUAAGACGGCGAAGCUGAAGAUGAAAUCGAGGGUGUUAAUGGCGGUAUUCUUCUCAAUCACAGCACCAAUCGGAAUCGGGAUCGGGAUGGGGAUCUCAAAUCACUACAAGGAGAACAGCUCGGCUUCCCUGAUCGUGGAGGGAAUGUUCACCUCGGCGUCGGCCGGGAUUCUGAUUUACAUGGCUCUGGUGGAUUUGCUGGCGACGGAUUUCAUGGGCGGGAAGAUGUUGGAGUCGGAUUUCAGGGUUCAAGUGGGAGCAUAUGCUUCGCUUUUCCUUGGAGCUACGUCCAUGUCGCUCUUGGCACUUGUAGUUUGA